GCUGAUAUAAACGGCAGUGCUCCGGUGCGCGCGAGACUCGGAGGAGCGGAACCGGAGAACCAGGAGGACUAAAACCCCAACUUUAAUCAGGAUUGGACCAAAAAAAAAGAAACAACAACAAUUAACCCCGACCUGCUUCAGGCUUCUCUUCAUUUUUCUUCUCUCUCUCUCUCUUUCUGUGAUUUAAAACCACCCAAGGCACCUUUCUGCAAAACUGGGACAUUUUUCAUCUGUUGGAGGACUCAGAAACAAUCCUGGACUUUUCAUGAAGAACCUUUUUUUUUCUCCUGUGCCAUAUAAUUUCCUAACAGUGGGUACAUUUUCACUAUUUAUAUAUUCUAAAAAGAAAUCAGUAUAAGGAUUUGAAAUCUCUAUACUUAUUUAUAGUGCAAUUUAUUUAUAAAGAUUUAUAUUUAAAGUCUUGUGUGUAUAUAUCCAUAUUUAUCAUAUGCAAUUUUGCAUUGUUAUUAAAAAAAAAAUCAUUAUAAAUGACAGUAUGAAUUCUGUCAGCAGGUGAUCCGGUUCCCUCUAAUGAUUUUGUGAAUUAUGUGGCUUCAGAGAGCCAAAAAUAUGAACAUGUUUUUAAUGCUUUUUUCAAUAUUUUCAGUAUUUCCAAUAGAAAUUCCUCUCAAAAUCAUGCCCGUUUUAUCGCCUAAAAAAUGAUCCAAACACCGAGCGAGUUUUACUCAUUAACCAAUCUUUAAGCUUUAUAUAUUUUGCCCAAAUGGAGAAAUAGAUCCAAAAAAAACCUCUCACACACACACACACACACUAGCGGAUACAUCAGUUAUAAAUCAAACAGCUGUGAUUUGUAUCUUGGAGUAUUUUUAGGCGUGAGGAGAAAGAGAAUGGACUUACAGGGAGUAGAGGAGAGAGAGAGAAAGGAAUGCAAAGUUUCCAGGAUAUAUGAAGGCAGCAGCAGGACACGGUUUUGGCCAUGAUCUGCGUGCGGUGCUGAAAACAGACUUUCGAGAAAGGGCUAAACCGGACUGGUGUUCAGAAUCGCUUCGGAGCCGGGAGGAUUAAAAAAAAAACCUUGAAGCUGUGACAAUCAUGGCGAACCCGGAAACUUCAGGAAUAGACCAAAACAUUAGUGGGACCACAGCAAUUUUUAGUCCGACGUCUAAUCAGAGCAUGAAAUUAGCCCUGUAUUCUCCUGAAGCCACGGCCGCCUUCGCUACGGCGAUCACGCUCAUGAUUUUGUUCACCAUCGUAGGAAAUAUACUAGUCAUCAUCGCCGUGUUGACGAGUCGCUCUCUGAGGGGGCCGCAGAACCUCUUCCUGGUCUCCUUGGCUGCAGCAGACAUCCUGGUGGCCACGUUGAUUAUCCCGUUCUCUCUGGCCAACGAGCUGAUGGGUUACUGGUACUUCCGCUCAGUGUGGUGUGAGAUCUACCUGGCGCUCGACGUGCUCUUCUGCACUUCCUCCAUCGUCCACCUGUGCGCCAUCAGCCUGGACCGCUACCUGUCCGUAUCACGCGCCGUGACCUAUGGAGCCCGGCGGACGCCGCGCCGCAUCAAGUGCGCCAUCUUGAUCGUUUGGCUCAUCUCCGCUGUCAUCUCUUUCCCACCGCUGCUCUCCAUGAACAAGAACCAGGGGAAUUCCAUCUCCUCCAUAGGACCCCAGUGCCAGCUCAACGACGAGCGCUGGUAUAUUCUCUACUCCACCAUCGGCUCAUUCUUCGCCCCCUGCCUCAUCAUGAUCCUCGUCUACAUGCGCAUUUAUCAGAUCGCCAAGCAGCGCACAAGAUGCCCACCGGGAGAGCCGAGGAAAGAGAUCCCCCCUGACGCCACAUCUUCAAAAGAUCGAGCUCUCCAAAAUGGUAAAGGAGAUGGUUCGAAUGCGACCUGCACUCCUCAGAGAAUCCCGACCCCUCCAAGGCCGCCCACUCUUACCGUGCCUCAAGCCGAGGGCACAAACCAUCCGGCAAGCACCAACACCCUGCAUCCCCCCCUUUCUCCUUCCAAAGAGAAGACUCCCACCACUCUAAUCCCUCCUCCAGUCCAGUCUCCUUCCUUCUCACCUUCCAUCUCCUCCAUGCAAAAGCGAGAGCAUCCAAAAGCAUCCAACAAAAAAGCCAAACAGACCAAGAAGGAGAAAAAGAGCGAAAAGAAACUCGACAACAACAACGGCGAGAGCUCAAGCUCCGAUUCGGACACGGAGCACGGAGGGGAGGGUGUUGAGAUUCCUGUGACCCCAAGUGCUGAUCUUGAUGCUGGUAUCCACUCACCAGCCACCAUCCAGAAAUACAGAGACAUGAUCACUACAGCCAAAGGCACCAGGUUGGCUUCGGGGAAGCUCAAGCAGGACAGUACUCCUAACUCGGCUCGUCGGAAGGCCAUGGUGAACCGGGAGAAGCGAUUCACCUUCGUCCUGGCGGUGGUGAUCGGCGUGUUCGUCGUCUGCUGGUUCCCGUUCUUCUUCUCCUACAGCCUGCAGGCCGUGUGUCCCGAAACGUGCACGCUGCCCAAGCCGGUCUUCACGUUCUUCUUCUGGAUCGGCUACUGCAACAGCUGCCUCAACCCCGUCAUCUACACCAUUUUCAACAAGGACUUCCGCAGAGCCUUCAAGAGGAUCCUGUGCAAAAAUACCAAGGGUACUUUCUUUUAACGAGCAGCCAUCAAAAAGAAAAAAAACACUUCUAAAUAGAGAAAAAGCACAACUUUCUUUGUACGAGUGUAAAUAAAGAGACUUUGUAUAGCUGCGCAAUGACGAAGCACAUUCUACUUUGUAUCGGAUCAGCGUUUGGUCAGACUGUGAAUUCUUGCAGGUUUACAGUAUCCCAUUCCUCAUGCCAUAAAAUGUACAAAUGGACAGCAGAGGGUGGACAUGAUUUCUUGCAGACAAUUCAAAUUAAAGAAGAAAAUAAACAAGACUGUGCAUAAGGAGUCAAAAAAACAACAACGGGAGCACAACGCAAUAGUGGUUCCCUUCUUCGCCUUUCUAAGAAUACCUGCCCUCAGGGAUCGUAUGUGCAUGAGUUUCAAUCCUACCAGUCUUUUUUUGUUUUGUUUUUUGAUCCGAACAUCAGUUGCUCGUACACCAGGGAUAAUACAGAGAGCAGAUUCUUCUCCUUUAAUCCUGCAGGAAAGGGGGGAAGAGGAGCUCACAAAUGGAGCACCUUGCCAGGGGCGAUGUGCAACACCACAAAUACAUGAAUCGAUGCCGGAUUCAGCUUGAAAAGUAGAUCGGUUCUGGGUGACACCCAGGUGAUUUUACUAUAAUUCCCUUUCUUUUUUUUUAUGGAUUUGGUAACGCAGGCACGUGCUCUCGAACACACAAAGGGUAAAGGCUUGAUUAUGGAAGGCACGGUCUAUGCCUUGAAUACCGCGAACGUAGAUGCUAAAGCUUUCAAAGGUGAUUUUCACGUGCCAUCGACUCCGAUUCGAACUGGACCUUUUUUAAAAACUUUUCUGUGCAAGAACUCUGCCCUAAACGGCACUACAGCACCCUCGCAAUUCAGCAGGGUGAUACUUUGGGACUAAGGGCUGAUGGCAAUGACACUUCCUGUGUGUUUUUUUCAUUUUACCACGUCUUAUUCUGAUGAUCAAAGUGUCAUGCGCAUGUGAAAGUGUGCGUGUGUGUGUGUUUGUGUUUGUGUGUGUGUGCGAGUGAGCGAGCGUAUGUUGUGUGUGGCUGCCUCGUGUGCGAAUGCGAAUGCGAGCGCAAGCUGUGGGCGAAUGCGUGUGCGAGUGCAGGGAGGGUCGUCUCGGUGCCGUACGAAGAAAAAAAAAAUUCCUCAUUUUUAGGCACUUAAUCGAAAAGAUGUUUUGAUUUCGAAAACAAAAUGGCAAAAGAAAAAAAAAAAAAAAAAACAUUCACGCAUGCCUUGUCUGCCAGCUUGUGCCAAUUCCUCCCAUCCCGCUCAGCUCCUGAUAAACCUGUGCUUAUUAUCCUGACGGCACAAACGUGGAUUUUUCGGUGUGUUACUCUUCAUUCUGCUUCGCUCUUAUUUAUUAUUUCCAAUUGGUCUUUUUUUUUUUUGCCUUGUUUUCACACGUUCUUCAAUUGCUCUGUAAGCCGGAUGGGAGAAAUACAACAAUAGCAACUAAAAAAAUUAAAUGAUGUAAAAAAAAACAACUAUUAUUCAUCAAGUGCUAUAUCUGCUAUUUACAUUGUUUUACUGAAUAGUCUUAAGUGGUUGUUGCUUAUUUUUUGUUUUGCUUUUUUAUUUUUUUCUUCCCUUUGUAAAGACACUGUAUUCGGGCUGCACUUCUACAAAGCUUUUUUGCAAACGCUUCAUUCUUCUCCAAAUCUCUAUCCAUAUAGUCUGUUUGAUUUCCUCCACUCUUUGGAAAUAAAGCCACUGAAAUACGA